AUGUCACCAAAAAAGCCAUCUACCCAAAGACAAAAACAAAAAAUAGUUGAUCUUACACAAGUAGAAUCUGAUAUUCCCAAACACUCAGAUAAUUUACCAAAAUCAAAAAAACUACAAAUAGUAAAUAAAGCAAAGAGUAAAGAGAAUAUUAAUUCAGAUUUAGAGACAAAUGAAGCAGAUAAUUUACAAUCUAAAGUCCAGAUAGAAUCUUAUCAACCAAACUAUCCACCUUCCAUAGAACUACAGAAUCAACAGACAUACAUCAAAAAUCAGCAAAAUCAAAUUAAUGAAUUGUUAAAUCAUUAUGAAAGUAAUGAAUCUUCACUUUUUGCCGCUGAUAAUGAUCUUUCUAAUCAUGAUAUUGAAGGGUUUAUAGCUAGUGCAGUAUGGGAGAAACUACUUAAAAAAUAUAUUGAUAUACUUGAUUAUGAUAUUUUUAUAAAACAACAAUCAGGAGUAAAAGUAUUAGUAAAAUUAGUUGCUAGAAGCCUCAAGAUAUAUGUAGAGUACUUGAUAGCUAAGUCUAAAGGAGAAAAUUCUGAUUAUGCUUUUAUGGUUUUAAACCACAUUAAAGAAUUAGAUAAUAUCACAAUUGAUAUUGGAUUUUUAGCAGCAACUAAUAAUGAUACUCAAUCUAAUAACAAUACUCAAUCUGAUAAUGAUACUCAAGCUGAUAAUAAUACUCAAGCCAAUUAUAAUAUUCAAGUCGAGAAUAACCAACAAUCUUACAAUAACAAUUAA